AUGUCAAGUGUAAAGGCAAACAUAACCCUCUUUGAAGGCCACAGGAAUUUCAGAUUUCGGUUGAUCCUUUCCACUUUAUCAGGGAAACCAAUCAAGAUUACCAAGAUUAGAUCCAAUGAUAUGAACCCAGGGUUAAGAGAUCACGAAGUAUCGUUCUUGAGAUUGCUUGAGGCAGUGACUAAUGGAUCCCAUAUCGAAAUUUCUUAUACUGGUACCACCAUCAUAUAUAGACCCGGUAUCAUAACGGGAGGUGAAUUAACCCACAACUGUCCAACUACUAAACCAGUGGGGUAUUUCAUAGAACCAAUGUUGUUCCUUGCUCCUUUCUCCAAGAAAAAGUUUUCCAUCAUCUUCAAAGGAUUGACAUCUUCAGAAGACCCCAACGAUACUGGUGUUGAUGCGAUUAAAUGGGGGUUGUUACCGAUUAUGGAAAAGUUUGGAGUCCGAGAAGUAUCUUUGCACAUUAUCAAACGUGGAUCACCACCAUUGGGUGGAGGUGAAGUGCACCUCCUAUGCAAUUCAUUAAUACCCCAACCAUUGACUAUUCAUGCAUUGGAUGUCCCUAAAUUCUCAGCUAUACGUGGUGUUGCCUACUGUACUCGAGUAUCCCCAUCUACGGUCAACAGAAUGAUUGAAGCGGCAAGACAAGUAUUAAGACCGACCGGGGUCGAGGUAAACAUCACAGCUGAUGUAUGGAGAGGUGAAAACGCAGGAAAGUCUCCUGGUUUUGGAAUAACAUUGGUGGCGGAAUCGAAGAAGGGGUGGAGAGUCAUUGCUGAAGGAGUGGGGAAGGCUGCUUCCUUACCUGAAGAUUUGGGUGAAGUUGUUGCCUAUCAAGUUUUACAAGAAUUGACCAACAGUGGAGUUGUAGGAAGAUAUCAAUUAUUGUUGUCUCUUGUUUACAUGACAAUUGGUAAGGAAGACGUGGGAAGAAUCAAAAUACACAAACAACAAGUCGAUGAAAACCUUAUUAAUGGGUUAAGAGAUAUUAAAGAUGUGUUUGGCACCGAAGCAUUCCUCAAGGAUGCUGAAGAACUUGAAGAACAAGACUUUAUGACCAUUUCAAUCAAGGGUGUUGGAUUCACCAACGUUUCUAAAAAGAUCGCAUAG